GUGGAAGCUUUUUAAUAUUUGUAUUAAUAUUUGUGAGUUAAUAAUUUAAUUCCACAAAAUGGUGGUGCGUUCAUACGAAGACGAGCUCAAGUAUCUGGAGAAGAUCAAUGAUCACUGCUGGCGUAUUAAGAAGGGCUUUCAGCCUAAUAUGAAUGUGGAGGGCGUUUUCUACGUAAACAGCCGUCUGGAGCGAUUGAUGUUGGAGGAGCUAAAGAAUUCUUGCCGACCCGGAGCUAUUGGUGGCUUUCUGCCUGGAGUCAAGCAGAUUGCUAACGUGGCUGCCUUACCGGGCAUCGUGGGACGUUCCAUUGGCUUGCCUGACAUACACUCGGGCUACGGAUUUGCCAUUGGCAACAUGGCUGCGUUCGAUAUAGACGAUCCACUGUCGGUGGUUAGUCCUGGCGGAGUUGGCUUUGACAUCAACUGUGGUGUGCGCUUGCUACGCACAAAUCUCUUUGAAAAAGAUGUACAGCCCGUAAAGGAGCAACUGGCGCAGUCACUCUUCGAUCACAUACCUGUCGGCGUGGGCUCCAAAGGCAUUAUACCCAUGAAUGCACGUGACUUGGAGGAAGCGCUCGAAAUGGGCAUGGAUUGGUCACUGCGUGAGGGUUAUGUGUGGGCAGAAGAUAAGGAGCACUGCGAAGAGUAUGGCCGUAUGCUUAACGCUGAUCCUGCCAAGGUGAGCAUGCGUGCCAAGAAACGUGGUCUGCCACAGCUGGGCACAUUGGGAGCAGGUAAUCACUAUGCAGAGAUUCAAGUAGUAGAUGAGAUCUUCGACAAGUGGAGCGCUUCCAAGAUGGGCAUUGAGGAAAAGGGCCAAGUAGUGGUUAUGAUACACUCAGGAAGUCGCGGAUUUGGCCAUCAAGUUGCUACCGAUGCGCUUGUGCAGAUGGAGAAGGCCAUGAAACGAGAUAAGAUCGAAACCAAUGAUCGUCAGUUGGCCUGUGCACGCAUUAAUUCAGUUGAAGGCCAGGAUUACCUCAAAGCUAUGGCUGCAGCAGCAAAUUUCGCUUGGGUAAACCGCAGCUCCAUGACUUUUUUAACGCGUCAAGCGUUUGCCAAAAUGUUCAACACCACGCCUGAUGAUCUGGACAUGCACGUCAUCUAUGAUGUAUCCCACAAUAUAGCCAAGGUAGAGAAUCACAUUGUAGAUGGCAAGGAGCGCAAGCUACUGGUGCAUCGCAAGGGAUCCACACGCGCCUUUCCUCCACACCAUCCACUUAUACCCGUUGACUAUCAGUUGACCGGACAACCUGUGUUAGUUGGUGGUACAAUGGGCACCUGCAGUUAUGUGCUCACCGGUACAGAACGUGGUAUGCAGGAGACCUUCGGCAGCACUUGUCACGGCGCUGGUCGCGCUCUAUCACGCGCCAAGUCUCGUCGAAACUUGGACUACAAGGAAGUACUGGACAAAUUAGAGCAAAUUGGCAUUGCCAUCCGCAUUGCUAGUCCUAAGCUAGUAAUGGAGGAAGCUCCCGAGGCCUAUAAGGAUGUCACCGAUGUUGUGGACACUUGUCACGCUGCGGGCAUAAGCAAAAAAUGCAUUAAGUUACGUCCCAUAGCGGUUAUUAAAGGCUGAAUCUUCCCUCUCUUGCUUAGAAUUUUUGUAAUUAUACAUUUCUAAUUAAAUUUAUUUCAUAAACGACGACAUUUAAAAACACAA